AUGGCUUCCUCCUGGUCGCUGCCGCUGCUUCUCGUCCUCCUGCUGGCCUCGUCGUGGUCGGCCGUCGCACGCGGACGGCCCGGCGACAACGUUUGGGAGCACACAGUCGUGUACAUGCACGAGAGGCUGACGGGCCCGAACGCCACGCGGCUUAUUACGGUGCAGUCCCCGCUCGGCGGCGACAACUUUGGGCAGUUCGGCGUGGUAGACAACGAGCUGCGAGACGGCCCGGACCCUCUCCGCUCGUCGCUCUGCGGCCGGUUCCAAGCCCUGUUUGCGCUGGCGGGUCUGGUGAGCCCACCGGGCAUGCAGUCGGCCGUCAACUUCUUGUUCACGGCGGGGAGGUUCCGCGGGAGCACGGUGUCUGUGCUGGGCCCGAUUCUGGACUUCGAGAGCACCUGCGAGCGCAGCAUCGUGGGCGGCACCGGCGUGUUUCGGAUGACGCGCGGGUACAGCUUCAUGAGGCUUGUGCCUGAGAUGAGCGUACCCGAUAAGUACAGUGUUUACAGGCUCGACCUCUUCAUUCAAGUCAGCUCGGACCGUCUGCCACUGCUGCCGCCGGUUGAUUCCGUUGGCGCUUACGACAUUUCAAUCUGA